CCUGAAGGCAGCAAAGCAUCAGGCUGUGGAUCAGAAUAUACUGUCCCCAGAUGGUUUACUUGUAGGGGUACAUAGCUGCUUGUACUUUUGCAUGGUCUAAUGCAUGCUAUACAGUGGCCAGAACAUCACUUCAGUAUAUUCCUAGGAACAAGCAAUGUAGGAUGAGCCAAGACUUGCAAGGCUGUGUCAUCUGAUAUAUUUUUUUUAACACCACCAAUCUACUGCUUUUCAGAGCUGAACAUGUCAUGACAUUUCCAGUUUUGCAGCUCUAAGGAAAGAUAAAUGAAUGAAUGACAAUUUGUUUCAUGUGAAGUAAAUGUUUGUGACUUGAGCAAGAUUCAUCCUAGCAGCACUUUCUGUGACUCUUGUAUAGGCAGUACCGGUAUUCUAGUGGAUGGACUACCUGGAUGAUUAUGACCCAGCAUGACACCAUGAGCUGUCCAGCUGUCAAAAGAAGGGGAUGAAAUGAUGCAGGUUUUGAAACUUUAAUCAAGUGUUUCAAGACACCGACCAUAAGAGAGAUGGAUAUAAUCGGAGAUAGGUCUUCAUUUUGUUCAAGCAAGUUAAUUCACUGAAAAACAAUAUAUUCUGCUCACACAUUCAUGUAAUAGUGGACAUUUGUUUCACUGUGAGAUUUACACAAACUUCUGUAGCUCUACCCGAAAACUGAAUUAUUGAAAAUAAUUGCUCUGCAAAAAAUAAUUCCUCUGUUGUAUACAGUGGACAAAAUGACUGAAAGUGAAAAUCAUGAAAUUGCAGAUAAUCUGCAAAACCAUGAGAAUGGGAAGGAAGUUAAAGAGUUUACUGUUUCUAAGUCAGUUUCUGUUGAAAGUAACUGCCAGCCAAGAAGAGGGGUAGACAUAGUGCAGGAAACGCAAGAUAAAUUGAAGAAUGUUGGUCUCGAUAGCCUUCCUGGGAUGCAGGACAAAGCUGUAGGUGACAGACAAUCCAACACUGAGAAAUCUGGAGAAAAACGCUGCCAGCCACAUAUGGAACCCCAAAGUAUAAUUGCAAUGCUGAAGAAAAACAAGCCAAGCUCCACAAAUCAGUCAGUUUCAAGCUCAUCUCCAGGGUCCUCAGUUAACAAUUCUUCUCAGGAAUCUGAUGACGUCUUCAGUGAGGAAGAGGAGAAGAACAAAAAUGCAUCAAAAGUUCUACGAAAGGCUAAAUCAUGGAAGACAUUCCUGACAAUGGUACACUGGUCUCUACGGAGGCAAAAUUCAUGGGUUCAGCUUGCUGGACAUGAAGGCAACUUUAAGCAGGCUCAGAGGGGUGUGAUCUUGAAGAGGUUUAGUGAAAUUGAAAGUAGUUGCUUAAAGGAACUGAUGGAAGAUGAGCUGAAGCCAUAUGUCCCCCAGUACUACGGUGUGGUAGAAAUGGACAAAGAGAAGUACAUUCAGAUGGAAGAUCUCCUGAAAGGCCUUGAAUGGCCCAGCAUUAUGGACUGUAAAAUGGGAGUGAGGACUUACUUAGAGGAUGAACUGGCCAAGGCACGUCUGAAACCAACACUACGGAAAGAUAUGUAUCAGAAGAUGAAGAAAGUAGAUUCCAGUGCCCCUACUGCAGAAGAACAUGCCCAGGAAGCUGUGACCAAACCCCGGUACAUGCAGUGGAGGGAGACCAUUAGCUCCACAGCAACACUAGGCUUCAGGAUAGAAGGGAUAACAAUGGAAAGUGGAACGGUGUCCAAAGACUUCAAGAAAACUAAAACCAAACAACAGGUUAUAGAAGCUUUUGUAAACUUCACAAAAAAUCGAGACGAUAUUCUGAUUGCGUACCUUAACCGGUUGAGAAGCAUAGAAAAGGCUUUGGGAGUCUCUACUUUCUUCAGAACUCAUGAGGUGGUGGGAAGCUCUCUUCUUUUUGUGCAUGACAAGAAAGGAAGAGCAAAUAUAUGGAUGAUUGAUUUUGGAAAAACAGUGCCUGUACCUAAUGAGCAAAUAUUGCAACAUGAUAUUUUCUGGGAAGAAGGAAAUCGAGAAGAUGGGUAUCUAAUAGGACUGAGAAAUCUGAUGGAGGCUAUAGAAGACACAAUAAAGAGACUGACACCUCUCGAGGAAGAAGUAACUGAAGCCCCAUGACAGACUAAUUUUGCAUUUGGGGUGGGCAGUGGACUGUGGCCCAAAACACAGAUCUGUAUAUAAUAUAUUUUAUUAUGAUUCUUAGAGUCACAUUUUACUGGAUCUUAUACCAGACCGUCAGGGCUUUCUUUUGGUCAUACUUCUUUAUCUCUUUUUUUCUUUUAUUAUUUAAUUAAACAAUGUUUUAAAAUCAUCAUACUGCAACUGCAUUUUGUAGAAGUCUCUAAAAUAAUUCUAAUGUCACUAGAUAAUUCAUUCAUAUCAUUAGCAAAUGACUCUCCAUCUUUACAUCAGAAUAAUAUAAUUCAGAAUCACACAUUAGUUUCUUUCUACCUAGUUUUUGUAGGUUUUCUUGUAGCACUACAUCUAAAAUGGUGAUACAAACAUAUAGUACGGGACUGCGUCUUCCAGAGUUGCCAUUAUUAUUAAGGUCCAUAUAAGAGAUCAAAUGUAAAAUAAAUCUUAGUAGAAAAAAAAAGCAAGAUGUCUUCAGAGAUGUGUAUGUUACAGCUUUGUAAUUCUGUUGUUACACUAGUUUGCAUCUGUUUGCGUAAAAAAACAAUCUCUUCAGCGCUUGCAAAACAUGAUGAUCGUUUUGUUAUAACAAUUUCUGGUUUUUGUGCAACAGUUGUAUCAGGAUGUCAUUCUGCUGUUCAGAGCAGUCAAAGGAUACAACAAAACAGAUUUUUUUUCUUUUAGGAAGAGUUUGUAUAGUGCAGUACUGAGCACCAUCAGUACAAGGGAAACAGGUGGAGUCUUGUCAUUUACAAUGCCUUUGAAAAGCUUUAGUCUCAAGUAUUGUACCUCACAUACCCAAAUGUGUAUCUCAUCUGUUAAUGGUAGCUUUCUGAUUUUUCAUUUAUAUGUGCGUGUUCACACACACACACACACACACACAUUAUAUAUAUAUAUAUAUAUAUAUAUAUAUAGAUCUAAUUCAUAUGACUGAAAACUCAAUAUACUGAAUUUAAUUUUACUGAGACCACAAUGCCUAAUUUUCAAAAUACCUAAUUUUCAAAAUACUGAAAACUCAUUUGACUGAGUCUCAUUAUACUGA